AAGCAGGUUUGCCUCGAGGGUGUGAUUACUGAUCGCGUGUAUGUUUUCGUGUGAUUUUCUAACCUAAAAGAUCAUACGCUCUGCCGAAGCACGGUGCAUCCGAAGUUCGGCGACCGAACGUAUAAGGACCGGCGUGCGGUUUAUAAGGAAGGGAGCGAUAUUCAGGACAGUAAGAAGGACACCUCGCCUAAGUAUCUGGCGUACAUUUCGAGCUCUCGCGGCUCGGCCCCAGACACGGCGCGCUCGCGGGCGGCCGACGCGGGCGACAGGUAUGGUUUGAGCGGCGACGUAAGAUGAUACUGAGGAACCUGCCGUUCGCGCAAUGGGUCCUGAUCCUGUUCCUCGUCGUCGUGAUAGUCUACCUGCGGCUGCGACUGGACGACCUGGAGGAGAGCUACAGAUCGCUCCAUGAUGCCGUCGUGCAGGCGCGACUCGACGCUAGGAACGACGACGGGCACGCCGAGGCGCGAGCAGGUAGCGAGGACGACUUGGAGGACGUGGUUGUGAUAUACAACAGAGUGCCGAAGACAGCGUCCACCAGCUUCAUGGGAUUAGUUUACGAUCUGUGCAAGCAGAACAAGUAUCACGUGCUACACAUCAACGUGACUAACAACAUGCACACCCUUACUUUCGCUAACCAGGUUCAAUUUGCAAACAAUAUAUCAAACUGGAAUAGUAUCAAACCAGCGUUUUACCAUGGACAUAUGGCAUUUUUAAAUUUUGGAAAGUUUGGUACUAAACGUAUGCCUUUGUAUAUAAAUUUGCUGAGGAAACCUUUAGACAGAUUUGUAUCAUACUAUUACUUCUUAAGAUACGGGGACAACUUUAGACCUCAUGUUAUAAGGAAGAAACAUGGAGAUACAAAGACAUUUGACGAGUGUAUAAAUAUUGGUCAACCUGACUGUGAUCCUAAUAACAUGUGGCUGCAGAUUCCAUUUUUGUGUGGUCACGACCCAGCUUGUUGGGAAAUUGGUAACCACUGGGCGUUAGAGGAAGCCAAACGGAAUUUACAAAGGUAUUACUUCCUGGUUGGAGUGACGGAGGAGUUGAACGAAUUCGUACAAGUGUUGGAGAGUGUAUUACCACGGUUUUUCAAGGGAGCAUACAGCUUCUUUUUACAUAAUAACAAAUCACACUUGCGACAAACCACUCAAAAACUCAAUCCAUUACCUGAAACAGUGGACAAGAUCCAGCAAUCGGUUGUGUGGAAAAUGGAAAAUGAGUUCUAUAAUUUCGCUCUGGAGCACUUUCAUGCUGUAAAGAGGCGACUCAUAAAUGCUUCCCCUCAAGAUGCAAAUCAGCGUUUUAUGUAUGAAAAAAUACGGCCAAAGUAAACUACUUUUUUACAUAGAACUUUACUCGCUGGCUAAUGCAACAGUCGACUGCAUAAUGUGUAUUUAUUGUAAUUAUUGAGCAAAAUAAUUUUUUUAUAAAAUGAA